AUGCAGUCGUUCAUUCAGUAUCGCAAGUUCAGACAUGCCGUCGAGGCACAGCUCGAGCGCAAACGUAGACUUGCAGAUGAGUCCGCCGAGAAGUCCAGCCCGCAACCCGGCCAGACUUAUACACCAGAGCCCAAUGGGAGAGAAAAGGACGUGGAGAAAGGAGACGCCGAGUUUGAGGGCGAUCCAUCAUCGCCACAUCCACAUGAGCACCUACACGCCCCGUAUGGCGUGCGACCCGGCGAGGUAGCCGCCAUACGCAGAAGCAGUGUCCCGCGAGAAGCCGAGGAGACAAUGGUGGCCACCAACCGGCCGCAGGGCGAAGUUGAGCCGCCCUACAGACCGGGGGGCUCCUCCAACGACGACGAGGGGGAAGACGACGAUAACGACGACGACGAGCUCAUGCGCCAGCGCAGCUCGCUCGCCGCCACCCUCUCGCCCCAGGCGUCGGGCAACACGCGGCUCGGGCGCAUGCUGACGGGCGUCAACAUCCGGCGGCGCAGCACGCGGGAGGGCGGGGACGGCGACGUCUUCGUCGUGGGGUACGAGGGCGCCGACGACCCGCUGGACCCGCACAACUGGGGGUUCGGCACCCGCGUCCGGUGCACCUUGAUCAUCGCGGCCAUCGGGUGCGUCGUCGGCAUCGCCAGCGCCAUCGACAGCAGCGUGGUGCGGCGGGUCGCCGCCGAGUUCGGCGUCGGCGAGGUCGCGGCCAGCCUCGGCACGGGGCUGUUCCUCAUCGGCUUCGGCGCCGGGGCGCUGUUCGCCGGGCCGAUAUCUGAGACGGUAGGGCGGAACCCUGUAUAUAUAGUGACACUGAUCCUAUAUAUGAUCUUCAUCAUGGCCGCUGGCCUCGCACCAAACUUUGGCGCCUGGCUCGCCUUCCGCUUCAUCGCGGGCGUCUUCGGGUCGACACCCCUGACCUGCGCCGGGGGCAGCAUCUCGGACCUCUGGCGGCCGAUGGAGCGCGUGUGGACGUUCCCCAUCUUCGCCAACGCGGCGUUCACGGGCCCGCUGCUGGGGCCGGUGGCGGGCGGCUGGAUCGCGCAGUCGCGCACGCUGUCGUGGCGCUGGACCGAGUGGGUCACGCUGCUGGUCUCUGGCGUCGUGCUCGGCCUCGUCGUGCUGCUGCAGCCCGAGACGUACCCGCCGACGCUGCUCAAGUGGAAGGCGGCGCACCUGCGCGCCCUCACCGGCGACCACCGGUACCGGGCCGAGCUCGAGAUCCGCCGCGAGUCCUUCGUCCACCGCCUGCAGCGCGCCCUCUGGAGGCCGUUCCUGCUCACGACCCGCGAGCCCAUCAUCGUCCUCAUCUCGCUGUACCUCACCGUGGUGUACAUCGUGCUCUUCGGCUUCCUUGACGGGUACGACUACAUCUUCGGGCAGACCUAUGGCGAGAGCCCGGGCAUCACGGGGAUAUGCUUCCUGGGGAUUAUCGUCGGUCUCUUUGGCGCCUCUGCUCUGGUCCCAGUCAUCUAUAAGUGGGCUAAGCAUGAUUUGCAAAAGAUACAGGAGCAAGGCGGCGAUAAACUGCCGCCCGAGUUCCGGCUGUGGUUUAGUAUGCUGGGCGGCGCUUUCGCCAUCCCUAUCUCAUUGUUCUGGAUGGGCUGGACGGCGAGGCCCGACAUUUCGAUCUGGAGUCCUCUGGCUGCCAGUGUCUUGUUCGGUUAUGGAAUCCUCUGUGUCUUUAUUUCAUGCUACCAGUACAUCAUCGAUUCAUACGAGACGUAUUCGGCCAGUGCGUUGGCCAGUAUCACUCUGAUUCGGUAUGUGGCUAGUGGCGGCAUGGUUGUGGCCAGCAUUCCUUUCUAUCAGAAUAUGGGCGUCGCCUACACAUGUACGAUCCUGGGGUGCAUAAGCGCUGCUAUGGUGCCUGUGCCAUAUAUUUUCUACAGAUAUGGACCGUGGAUCCGAAGACACAGCAAGUACGCAAUCACUCGUACGAGCAAAGCAUGA